AUGUCGUUUGUCUCAAGAAGGGUGGAAGCUGCAGCUCGCCCCUUGAGCCGGUUAAUUCAACAUCAAGCGCGCAGAUACGCCGGUCACGAAGCUGGCCACGGCCACGGCGAAGCACAUCAUGGGGAGAGCGCCUUUCAUGUUCAAGGCGGGUCAGGAAACGAAUCCUUUGGGGCCGGUUUCUACCUCAGCGUAGCCUCCAUACCUUUUGCGAUACUCGUGUAUUCGAUCGCAAGCUCUCCCGGUGAUAACUUUGCGUCUCGUCUGGUGAAGAAAUAUGAAGCAAGUGUGGAAGCCGACAAGAGGGCAAAUGUUAUUCAUACGGCCAUGAUGGAGCAGGUAGCAGCCGACCGACAGCUUUUUGCUUCAAGCGCAGGGAACGAAACAGUUCCUCCAUUCCGGAAUCAAGAGUCAUUCAAUUUUGGCUCACCCUGGAACGUCUCAGCUGGGCAGGGUACUGCAGAUCUGACUGCAUUGGCGAAGUUUUACGAAGAGAGGAAUGUCAGAGCGGAAGAGGAGAGACGACAAAGAUUAAAGAAAAACAAUGGGCAUUCGGUUUAUGAUUGA